AUGUCGAUCAACACGGCGAACACUCCCGAUGGGCUCGGAGUGCUCCUUUACAAUGGAGAGACAAUUGUGAUAUUCGCUCAAGGAGUCGUCAUGACUCUAGGAACCAGUGAGAAUCAGGUGAGUCGGGUCAAGGAGCGGAAUUUUAAACUGAAAAGGAUGUCUUUCAGAAUUUGGAGGGCCGCCGAACGGGAACCAUCUACCUCACUUCACACAGAAUCAUUUUUAUGCCGGACGCGGGAGAUUGGCUCAAAUCGUUCGAGAUUCCAUUCAACAACAUGCAGGAUGUUCAUCUAGAUCAGCCCAUUUUUGGUUGGUGUCUUUUCAUUCGAUUUCAUACAGCCAAUUGUAUCGGGUUUCAGGAGCCAACUUUUUGAGGGGAAUUGCAACUGCCGUUCAAGGAGGUCUGAUGCGCGGAGAAGUCGCCUGGCGGAUGACGUUCAAUCGCGGAGGAUGCAUUGAAUUCGGGCAGUCGCUUCUUCAGGCUGUCGACAGAGCCAGCCGAAUGAGGCCCGCCAAUGCUCCUCCAGCCUAUUCACCUCCCGUCGGAGACUAUUACUCGGCUCCACCUGCCUAUUAUCAACCCUCCCCAGAUCAAGGUAACGUGUCCUCCUUUCUGAAUUCAUACGUAUAAGUUCUCAGGCCCCAACGGCUUCAACCCAACAACUGACUCUUUCCCUGAUCAGCCCAAUCCGUCGCGAGUAUUCAUCACUUCCGCCCCUCCACCGUACCCAGGAAUAGGGCCGGAACGAAAUCCGCAGCCAACCGAAGAACUGCACGUUGCCGGACAAUUCGAGGCGCCGCCCGCGUACGUAGAAUCAGCCGAAGGAGUACGAAGAAGACAUUGAACAUACAUGAUAUUAAUUAAAAAUAGUAGCAAAGCUAUUCCACUUCUCUCAAAAAUCUCAUGAGAAUAUUGUGAUCAGACUCUGGUAGUCGGCAUCCUCUCCUCCCAAAUACACCCUUUCAAGCUCACGUGGAAUUCUCAAAGAAGCUUCAAAGUUUAUUGUGUGAUUGUAAAUAAACUCCCAUAUAUUCUCAUCACAUUAUCCUUCGAUUAUCCUACAAACAGUUUUCGAAUCUGUUUUCUUAUCUGCUUUUUAUUCAGUUUUUUAAAAUAAUUUCUUAUAAUUUUUUGCAGGGUUUGAGAGAAAACUAUCAUCAUCAUGGCUUCGAAUUUGACUGUGAAUGUGCACCCGGGCGUUUAUAUGAAUGUCGUCGACACUCAUAUGAGACGGUCGAAGAACUCGUCGAAGAAUGCCGGACAGGAGAAGUCGAUGGGAACCCUGAUGGGAUACUACGAGAAGGGCGCCAUCCAAGUCACCAACUGCUUCGCCAUUCCGUUCAACGAGAGCAACGACGAUUUGGAGAUUGACGAUCAAUUCAACCAGCAGAUGAUAUCGGCGCUCAAGAAGACGUCGCCUAACGAGCAGCCCGUCGGAUGGUUCCUUACCACCUCAGACAUCACCUCCAGCUGCCUCAUAUACCACGAUUACUACGUGCGCGUCAUCACCGAAGCAUCCGCUCGUCGCGAAUCUCCGCCGAUCGUUGUGCUCACCAUCGACACGACCUUCUCGGGAGACAUGCCGAAGAGAAUGCCGGUGAGAGCCUAUCUCCGUUCCAAGGCCGGAAUCCCAGGAGCCGCUGGCCCACACUGCGCUAUUUUCAACCCGCUCCGCGUCGAGCUGGCCGCUUUCCCAGGAGAGCUGGUCGCCAUGCAACUGAUGGAGAAGGCGUUGGAUUCGCGCAGAAGAGAAGCAACUUUGGAGAGCGGACUGGAGCAGUUGGAGACGAGCACUGGGCAAAUGAUCGAGUGGCUCCAAAGAAUGCUUCAGUAAGUUGCUAUUUCCUAAUAAAUUCCUAUUUGAACCGUUUCAGCUACGUGGAAGACGUAAACAAGAACGGCGAGAAGCCAGGAGAUGCUCAGAUCGGUCGCCAGCUGAUGGAUAUCGUCACUUCCACUUCGAACAACAUGCAGCCGGAAAAGCUCGACACGCUGGUCAAGAACACGCUCCGGGUAAGGCAUUUCUUUCCGAAUGUUCUUUCUGAGGGAAUGAGAUUUCGAGUGUAGUAGGUCAAUGACCAAAAACCAGAGAAGAAGUAAACAACGCUAAGGCGAGAAGCAUGGGGGUGCCUUUAUGACGAGAAGCAACAAAUAUUUGCAGGACUACGUGAUGGUUUCGUACCUCGCCAAAUUGACUCAAACGCAGCUGCAGGUUCAUGAGCGUCUCGUUUCCGCCUAA